ACUUGGACACAGCGCUCGCUGCCCGCCCAGGCGGGGACAGCGGCGUCAACAGGGCAGGGCGGGGCGGCCGGAGGAGACCAGCUGCGACGUGGGACGGACGCUCCCGGGGACCUCAGCCAGCCAUGGAGACCCGGCGGCGGCUGCCCGGCCUCUUGCUGCUCCUGUGUCUGCUGCCGCGCGCCCCAGCUCAGGGAGACUUUGACCUGGCGGACGCCCUGGAUGACCCAGAACCGACCCCGAAGCCAGGCUCAGAUAUCUACCCCAAGCCCAGGCCCCCUCACGGCCCCCAGCCUGCAAACCCCGACAGCGGAGGCAAUAUCUACCCAAGGCCGAAACCCCAGCCUCGCCCACAGCCUGGGAGCUCCGAUAACAGCGGAGGAGGGUACCAUCACAACGACGAUGAUGGACGCUACCCGCCCAGGCCCAGGCCGCCCGCAGGAGGAGGUGGCGGCGGCGGUGGAUACAGCGGUGGACAUGGUGACUACGGACACACAGACGGUGCGUCAUGUGGGCGCUGGGCAGCGGGGACCCAGAUGCUGGAAUUUCUGGUUCCCCUUGGGGUCCGCCUGGGCCUGGUAUCUGGGGUCCUCGGUCAGCUGGGCCGCCUCGGCUGGGGCCAGGGACUCUGAGCAUCUAUCUGUGCUGGGAGGACCCCGUCUGUCCCCCGGGAACCCAGGCUCUGCACCCACAGCGUUGUUUAAUGGGGAGCGAGACUCUGAUGCAGCGUCACCUGAAGGAGCCCACGC